AUGACUAGCAAAAAUGUGAAGCCUGCUUUCAUUGAGAAUGAUACUGCAAGAAAAGAAGCUUACAAGAAAAGGGAGAAGGGUUUAGUGAAGAUGGUUGAUGAACUAACAACCCUUUGUGGCAUUGAUGCUUGUGCUAUCAUUUAUAGUCCAUACGAUCCUCAACCAGAGAUCUGGCCAUCGCCGUCCGGAGUCGAAAAGGUGCUUUCUAAAUUGAAGACUAUGACAGAGAUGGAACAAAGCAAGAAGAUGGUGAAUCAAGAGAGUUUUCUGAAAGAAAGGAUUUCAAAGGCUGAAAAGCAAUUCGAAAAGCUACGGGAAGAUAACAGAGAGAAAGAGACAACCAUGGUGAUGUUUCAAUGUCUCAAAGCUGGGAACGUUUUGCAAAACGAUAUGUCCAUGGAAGAUUUGAAUAAUCUUGAUUGGAUGAUCGAUAUGAAUCUGAAGGAGGUUUAUAGAAGGAUUGAAUCAGCUGAAAACGAAAUUAAUAUUCCUCAAAAUCAAAGUGAAAGUCAAGUCAUGGCUGCUCAAAGCCAAGUCCAUCUCCAAAUGACACCGCCACCGCCACCGCCACCACCUUCAUCCGCGCCUAAUAAUGAUGAAAUUGCAAUGAUGAGUCAUGACCAUGCUGCGAUGGCUAUGGAUAAUGAUGACAUGAACAUGAUGUUUAUGGAGAUGAUGAUGAUGAAUGGUGGUGAAAAUCAAAGUGAAAGUCAAGUUCAUCACCAGAUGACACCGCCACCGGCGCUCCUACCACCGCCACCACCACCACUGCCACUAUUACCGCGGCUACUGCCACCACCAACCACGCCUAAUAAUGAAGAAAAUGCAAUGAUGAGCCAUGGCGAUGUUGGGAUGGCUAUGAAUAAUGAUGACGUUAUGUUAAUGGAGAUGAUGAUGAGGGCGGCUGAAUAUGAUGAAACAAUUCCGUUUGGUUAUGACGCCAAUCUUGACAAUGGAUUUUGA